UCUGUGAGACUGGUGGGGCGGCGCCCUAGCGCCCCCUAUGGACGAGCUGCCACUGGUCUGCCGUUUGUGUUUCCCAGCAGGUGGUUUCACUGGUGUGUUAUGAAUAUUUCACUGGUGUGUUAUGAAUAUUUCACUGGUGUGUUAUGAAUAAACAGAAUGUGAUUAAAUAAAUGGGCAUUAAACCCUCUGGAAGUGACUUCCACUUCCUACCGGAGGUUUGGUCCCCGGUCCUCGGCCCCCACCCGGGUUGGGACCCAUAAAUCUGAGGUCUGGCCCUGCCGAGAAGGACAUUUGAAUUAAAGUGAAUGUCUGACGUGGCUAAGGUGCCCUUGGGCAAGGCUCUGGCUCUGGCGUCUGUGUGCUCGGGUUUAAAUCCUCCAACAGCCGCCGGUUCAGGUGUAUAUUUCACCGUCUCCGGUAGGCGCAACAUCUGUCCCAGCCGCCCGUUAACGGCACUGCAGAUGGACUAAAGCAGAGUCAGCCUUCCGGCAUCCUCCUCCUCCCCCUCCUCACCCCUCAUGGACGCGUCCCUCUCCUCCUCACACUCUCUCCUCCUGACCAGCCCCUGCACGCCGUCGUGAUCUAACGGGAGGAGGAAAAACACCGAUUUCCCGGCGGGAGCCGCUGCGGUUUUAUUGUUCUGUGAUCCAGCUGCUGCGGGAUGAAGCUGUGGUUCGGCGGGACGCUGCGGGAGGAAGCCAUGACUCCGUGGCUGCUGCUGGCGCUGCUCGGUCUGUGUUCAGCCAUCAGUCCCAGUAAGCAGGAGGAAGAGGACUACGAGGAUGUUCCCAUUAAUAAGACCUGGGUCCUCUCUCCGAAGGUCUAUGAGAGUGACGUCACUCUGAUCCUCAACAAGCUGCUGCAGGGUUACGACAACAAACUGAGACCCGACAUCGGAGUUCGGCCAACAGUGAUUGAAACAGCUGUUUACGUCAACAGCAUUGGGCCCGUGGAUCCCAUCAACAUGGAGUACACCAUCGACAUCUUCUUCGCCCAGACGUGGUACGACAGCCGGCUGAAGUUCAACAGCUCAAUGAAGCUCCUCAUGCUGAACAGCAACAUGGUAGGAAAAAUCUGGAUUCCAGACACCUUCUUCAGGAAUUCCCGCAAAUCCGACGCCCACUGGAUCACGACUCCCAACCGGCUGCUGCGGCUGUGGAGCAACGGGAGGGUGAUGUACACGCUGAGGUUGACUAUAAAUGCGGAGUGUUACCUUAAGCUGCAUAACUUUCCUAUGGACGAGCACUCGUGUCCGCUGGAAUUCUCGAGCUACGGCUAUCCUAGGAACGAGAUCAUGUACCGGUGGCAGAGGCGAGCGGUGGAGGUGGCCGACCAGCGCUACUGGAGACUUUACCAGUUUGCUUUUGUGGGAAUGAGGAACACGACGGACGUGGCUCACACCCAGUCGGGUGAAUACGUCAUCAUGACCAUCUUCUUUGACCUGAGUCGGAGGAUGGGUUACUUCACCAUCCAGACCUACAUUCCCUGCAGCAUGAUCGUGGUCCUGUCCUGGGUCUCCUUCUGGAUCAACAAAGACGCCGUCCCAGCCAGAACUUCCUUAGGCAUCACUACGGUGCUCACCAUGACCACUCUGAGCACCAUCUCCAGGAAGUCCCUGCCCAAGGUUUCCUACAUCACCGCCAUGGAUCUGUUCGUCUCCGUCUGCUUCAUCUUCACCUUCGCGGCGCUCAUGGAGUACGGCACUUUGCACUACUUCACCAGCAACCGGCAGAGCAAGAAGACCAAAGCCAGCACCAACACUCAGCAGAGGGCUCCGAGCAUGGUGAACAUCCGGCCCGGAACGUCGCUGCUGCAGAUGAACAACAUCGUGCCCUACCACGAGGACGACGAGUACGCCUACGACUGUUUAGACGGGAAAGACUGCGCCAGCUUUUUCUGCUGCUUUGACGACUGUCGAUCAGGUGCCUGGAGAGAAAACAGGAUGCACGUUCGAGUUUCCAAGAUCGAUUCGUAUUCCAGAAUAUUUUUUCCCACUGCUUUUGGUCUUUUCAACCUAGUUUACUGGAUAGGAUAUCUGUAUUUAUAAAAAGAAAAAAACGGCUGGAGUUUAACGUCCGCAAACAUUUCCGCUGCUUUUAGAUUAGUUAGAGACGAUUUGCUUUCCUGACACCACCAGCCUGGCUGCAGAGAGGCACGGCAUGCUAGCGUUCCUCUGCUUCCUGAUCCGCAGAAAAACGAUCCCAGUUACUUUGUGUGAAAUUGGUUGUGGUGAAAAAGUUUGCAGGUGUGAAACUCCAGCCGCCAUAGAGGAGGUAUCGCCAUGACCCGGGUUUUGUUUAUCCUUUAAACCGCUGAAGCAGGAGAGCAGGAGAGGAGCAGGGAUGGCAUUCCUGCUCAUGUGGAGAAAAACGAGUGUGUGUUCCUAAACCUUACGGGAGCUGAUGGUAGUUUUCCAGCAGCUAGGUUUUAUAUCCAGAUGUACCACGAACUACUGGCACCAAUGUAAACAGCUGGAUUGUUAUCGGUGUAAAGCCUCCAGCGGUUUCCGUGUCGUUCUGCGUCCCCGCUCGUAAACAACUGGAUAGAAAACUGUUGCAUGUAGUAAAAACAAUCCCAGCAUCGGAAUAUCUGCAGCAAUACAGUUAAAGGCAGCUGUCGGUAGCAUCUUAUCGGGAGAAAGAGUUAUUCCCACUUCAUCCAAACCGGCCACGGAGUUCCCGCCAACCGGACACUUUUCUAGUUUAGGACCUCACGAAGCAGGAGGCUCAGCACCAGCAUGACUACGGGGGCUUUUUAGGGACAAAAAACCAGGAAGAGUUGAGACUAAAGUUAAGAUUCUCUCCACAACGAAACAAAGUUUGGACGAAUGUCGGAUCGUUUUGCCCAUUUUAGACCCGGUUACCCACAAUGCCUUGUGAUUUUACCUCCACGUGUUCUGUCAGCUCAGCUGUGCCCUGUAGAUAUCUGAGAGAUGUUUGAGACUCUUAUUGUGAAGGACUGAAGGAAGCUCUGCUGUGGGAGAAAAAGCAUCAUUUUUUAAAAUUAACUCAGUGAAACACAGUCAGAACCGUCGGAUAUUAGCAUAACUAAAGGUGUGGUUCUGGGUCAGAACCGGGUUCCAUUAAGAACCCACGUCAGACUGUUUAGAGCUUCAGGAAGCUCAUCACUUCCUCCCAGCGAUGCUCCUGCAGCUCCCAGUUUACACAGAAACCUGAGAUUUUACAACAGCAGGUGAACACGACUGGGUCAGAUGUUGCCUUUCGGUCACACCAGCUGUUUCAGAGGGCAGCGGAGAUCAUUCCUACCACACGGAGAUUAUUAUUUACAAUUAUUCAGUCUGAGGUCAAGCCCAGACGGUGUGUCUCAGCAGCAGCGUGUGUGUUGACCUGCUUGUUGCAGCGGCGUUUCCACACACACACACACACACACGUGUAAAAACGUGUUUUUGUUUUAGCUCCUCGGAGCCACUCCGUUAUAAGAUGACCGAAGUGCUGUCGGAUAACGGAAGCAUGAUUUCUGAUGAUGAUGUUCAGGGGCAGACUGAUUACUGUUGCCAUGGUUACCUGCCUUUCUGUGACCUGAAGUAAAAACAGGCAGGUUUGUGACUCAUCAAUCUAAAAAAUACUCAAAAUCAGCAGAACUGAAUCCAUGUUGGGCUGGAAAAAAAAACGUCUUUUUCCUGGAAAUUUCCCUUCUUUACACCGGAAGUUUAGACGUUUUGGUCCAAUUAUCCGUCCAGAUGAUCACAAUAACAAGAACACUAUUAUUUUCCCUUUAUUUUAAAUCUGAUGAUUAUUUUCCUAUAAAAAAAUUAAAAAUAAAUCCCAAUUAAAACGAACUAGCAGCAACUUUUUUACAUGAAUAAUAUCUGAAAUAAACAAUUUAUUUUUUGUUUGUUUAUCAGUCUGGAGUUUUAUUAAAAGUUGUUAGUUUAUAUUAACCUAAAAUCUCUGAGUACCUGAAGAGGAAUGUAAUAAUAAUAAAUUAUUAUUAUUAAUAUUAAUAUAAUA